UGGUAGAUGCGCCGCUUUCCGUGCCUAUUAAACCGGCCUCUUGCACAUCUCCUCCCAUGUUUCAAGAGUUGAGCGGAAGCCUAGUCUCCUCUUGAUUCAGAUUUCAGACUCCACCCACACCUUCCCUGCAGACCCGAGUGAACUUCGAUCGCCGGGGAGAUACUGGCGAUGGACGACGGCGGCGACAGCAGCCCGGUGAUGACGGACAGCGAGCGGCGGGCGUACCGGUACGGGCGCCCGGCGGCGCCCAGGCUGCGGGGCAUGCGCAAGUCCUGGUCCAACGACUCGCUCGCCGCCGGCUACGGCAGGGCCUCCUGCGUGUGCGCGCCCACCACGCACCCUGGCUCCUUCCGCUGCAAGCACCACCGCCACCACGCCUCCAACCUCAGCGCCGUCGCCGCGACCCCCGCUCCCGAUGCCGACGCGAAGCAAGACGAGGCCCAGGAAACGGACAAGUCGUGACUCCGCCGCCGCUGCUUUGUACGUCUGAGGGGGCGCGGUGCGCUUACACGGCGCACCCUGGCGCGCCGGCGUCUUCCUUCCGUGUCAUCUUCGAGACUUUGGUGUGGAGGUUUCUUUGUUUCAUUUUUUCCCCUUUUUAGGCGUUGCAAGAUUUAGAAUAAUUAAGUGCUGCGCUAGCUACCGGCUCAGCAUGGCUAAAUGACGUGUAAAUGAUUUUUUUUCCUUUUAGUCUUUUUGAAAAGAGACGUGUACAAUAAUUAAAGAGUGUCGGUUUCUUGCGGAUGAUCCCAUUCCCACACGAUCCAGCACGAGGCGUACAAAUAGCGCCCCUUUUUUACUCUCAACUUAUCGUCCGCUA